AUGACGAGGUUUACCCCUGAUCAAGUCAACGCCAUUCCAGUGCAUCCAGCCUCUCAAGGGUUUGACACGCAUCAUCUUGCAGUCGAAAGAUACUCCUUUCAAGCACCUUUACAACCUGCGAUUUCAUCCAUCGCGUUUGUAUGGUCACAUGGCACGAGUUUUCACAAGGAAAUGCUGCAUCCUUUGAUGAAACGCUUUUUGGAUGCCUUACGUAGGCUUCCUCAGUAUGAGCAAAUCGACCUUGUUUUUUAUGCUUGGGAUUCUCGUAACCAUGGCGAUUCAGCUCGGCUUAAUGAUGGUCAUGUAAAUACCCCUGGAUAUACGUGGAUUGAUCAUGGCAUGGAUACGCAGCAAGUAGUCAACGCCAUGGGCCUUAAGAAUAAGCAUAACAAGGUGAUUGGAAUUGCUCAUAGCGUUGGUGGAACGGCCAUGCUCUUGGCCGAAUUUAUGCACCCCGGCACAUUUGACGGUGUUUGUGUGAUCGAUCCGGUAAUGAACAUCAAACCAAGAGAGAAGAGCAAGCGUGGUGAACGUUUUCCAUUGUCAGCAGCCAUCUUGAAACGUCGUGAUACGUGGGAAAGCAGGGAGGCUUGCUUCCAAUCCCUAUCGAGUCGAGCCUAUUGGCGAAAGUUCCUUCCAGAGGUCCUGGAGAAUUAUGUGAACUAUGGCCUCUAUGAUGCACCCGAUGGCACUGUGAAGCUUAAAUGCCCCAAGGAAGAGGAAGCGCUCAUGUAUGACUGUGGGACGUAUGGAUCGGUUGCAAGCUUGCAUAGUCUUAGGGGAAUGGUGGUGCCUGUGCACGUUAUCCACGCUUCACGAUCAACAUUUGCGAGUAAAGAAAUUAUCCAGCAAGUCAAAGCUUCAUCAUCACCUUUGGUGACCAACACGGUCGUGGAAGCUUCUCAUCUUGUGCCUGGAGAGGAUCCCGAUAUCCUCGUCCCAGAGAUAGUUUCACUUGUAAAUCGAGUAGUAGCAUCAUCACCGAAUCAUCGUGCCAAGUUAUAG